AAUCAUAAUCAGUACUUUGUCAUCGGCCUCUUUUGUAUAUUUACGGUGCAAUUCCGUCGCUACUAUGGCCACCAAGACACAUCGUGUUUUUGUUUACGGGACACUGAAACGCGAUAAGCCAAACCAUUUCCUGAUGAGUAAUCCAGAGAAUGGGAAAUCGCAAUACAUCGGUGAGGCGCGGAGCGUGGAUCGGUGGCCAUUGGUGAUAGCGACACCGUUUAACAUUCCCUUCGUAUUAGACAAGAAAGGCCACGGACAUAUAAUACAAGGGGAACUUUUUGACAUUGAUGACGAAAUGUUGAAGUCGUGCGACAAACUAGAAGGUCAUCCCAAAGUCUACACAAGAGAACAUUUCAAUGUUUUGAACAUGUCGACUGGUUCACAAGACACUGUGUGGUGCUAUCUAAUGAAAAAUUUUAAAGACGAAUUAUUGAAUUCGCCUAUGUUGCAGAAAUAUGACAGAGAACAGAUGAAUUUUGUAGUUCCAGGUGAAAGGACAGAUUCUAACAUAAGUUCCUUUGUUAAAAAACUUAAUUAACAGCAAUAAUUGGAAUUAUGUAAUCUCGAUAAAGUAACAUGUACUGGAAUUUAUUCUCAUCAUCCCAAGUUUGAUUAAAAACGACAAAUCAUGUCCAUAACUGAUCACUGAUCCAUUCAAGUUUUAUUGAAUGAUUUUAUUACCAAAAUGAUUGUCAGUUGGUCACAUUUGAUUAAAUUACAAAACCAAAAAAAAA